UUAGGUCAGUGCAAGCAGCCGGAGGGUCGAGCAGGGGGGCUGGAGGGGGAGCUACACAGACGGAAAACCGCCAGCAGUGGACUUCCUUUCUCCAAGGUGUCAGAAAAAAGUCGAGCAAAAAACGGAACCGCUCCUCAAACUUCAGCGCUCCGUGCUGAAAAAGGCUGGAAGAGCGGAGGAGAAGAGAGAAACGGGCGGCUGGAGCUGAGCAGGCAGGAGUGCCUCGAUAUCUAAUGAUCUAAAAAAGAAAAAGAAAGAAAGAAGUGAAGGAAAAAGGGGCUCUGCUGCCUGUGUUUUCAUGACCGGAGGCAAACGAUGGCUGACCAAGACACGAUGGUGAUCGAAGACAUCAUAACAGAUGCAAUGGCUGCUCCGUCGCCAGCAAAGAGUAUCGGCGACCCAGGCAUCACGCCUCUCUCACCAACACACAUAAUGAAGGAUGCAGAGCAGAAUGAGCCAGCGGGGCACUCUUUCGUUGUUGUCGUGGCCAUUGACUUUGGCACGACCUCCAGCGGCUACGCCUACGCCUUCACUAAAGAGCCGGAGUGCAUCCACACCAUGAGGCGCUGGGAGGGCGGAGACCCAGGAGUGUCCAAUCAGAAGACGCCAACCACCAUUCUGUUGACUCCGGAGAAGAAGUUCCACAGUUUCGGUUACGCAGCAAGAGACUUUUACCACGACCUGGACCCCACUGAGUCCAAACAGUGGCUCUACCUGGAGAAGUUUAAAAUGAAGCUUCACACGACUGCAAAUCUGUCCAUCGACACAGACCUUCAUGCAGCCAAUGGGAAGAGAGUGAAGGCGUUGGAUAUAUUUGCCUACGCUCUGGCCUUCUUCAAGGAACAGGCUCUCAAAGAGCUGAGUGACCAGGCAGGGGCGGAGUUUGAUAAUGCUGAUGUCAGAUGGGUCAUCACUGUUCCUGCUAUAUGGAAGAUGCCAGCUAAGCAGUUUAUGAGGGAGGCAGCGUAUAAGGCUGGGUUAGCAACCCGGGAUACCCCUGAUCAGCUGAUCAUCGCUCUGGAGCCCGAGGCUGCCUCCAUCUACUGCCGCAAGCUCCGCCUCCACCAGAUGAUUGACCUGGGAGCCAAGACGUCCAUAAACGGCUACGGUCCACCAGAGAACGUGGGGGCGGGCAUGGCCCAGGCCAAGGAUCAUGUGCGCCGCAACCGGCAGAGCCGCACCUUUCUGGUGGAAAAUGUCAUAGGAGAGCUAUGGUCCGAACUCAACGAAGGUGACCGUUACGUGGUGAUGGAUUGUGGCGGAGGGACGGUGGAUCUGACGGUGCAUCAGAUCCGGAUGCCCGAAGGUCAUCUGAAGGAGCUCUACAAGGCUUCAGGAGGUCCGUAUGGUUCUAUUGGCGUCGAUUAUGAGUUUGAGAAGUUGCUCUGUAAGAUCUUUGGUCAGGAUUUCAUUGACCAGUUUAAAGUCAAGCGUCCAGCGGCGUGGGUGGACCUGAUGAUCGCAUUUGAGUCCCGUAAGAGGGCGGCGGCUCCGGACAGGACGAACCCCCUCAACAUCAACCUGCCCUUCUCCUUCAUCGACUACUACAAGAAGUUCCGCGGCCACAGCGUGGAGCACGCGCUGCGCAAGAGCAAUGUGGACUUUGUAAAGUGGUCAUCUCAGGGCAUGUUGAGAAUGAACCCAGACGCGAUGAACGCCCUGUUUAAGCCCACCAUCGACCACAUUAUUCAGCACCUCAAGGAGCUGUUUGAGAGGCCUGAGGUGACAGACAUUAAGUUCCUGUUCCUGGUGGGCGGCUUUGCGGAGUCCCCUCUGCUCCAGAAGGCGGUACAGGAGAUGCUUCAGGGCCGGAGCCGCAUCAUCAUCCCUCAUGACGUGGGCCUGACCAUCCUCAAAGGGGCAGUGCUGUUUGGCCUCGACCCUGGCGUCAUCAAGGUACGCCGCUCGCCGCUCACCUAUGGCGUGGGCGUCCUGAACCGCUUUGUGGAGGGAAAGCACCCUCCCGAGAAGAUGCUGGUGAAGGAUGGGACGCGCUGGUGCACCGAUGUCUUCGACACUUUUAUCGCAGUUGACCAGUCGGUGGCGCUGGGUGAGACGGUGAAGCGCAGCUACACUCCGGCGAGGCCGAGCCAGCAGGUCAUCGUCAUUCACGUCUACUGCUCGGAGAAGGAGUCGGUGGGCUUCAUCUCGGACCCCGGCGUGCGGAAGUGCGGGACGCUGCGGCUGGACGUGAGCGGAACGGAGAGUCCGGCGGCGCGCAGGGAGAUCCAGACGCUCAUGCAGUUCGGAGACACCGAGAUACGCGCCAUGGCCAUCGACGUGGCAACCUCGCGUAGCGUCAAAGCUAGUAUCGACUUCCUCAGCCAGUGAGGAUAGAGGGAGAGGGAAGAAGUAAGGGAGAAGGAGGAAGGCUGUAGAUAAUGCUUUGCUGUGGUCACCAGCCCUACUAAUGGAGAUCUAAUUUCAUCAGUGUUCAGUUCCAGCCUAGUAGGAACACCAAUGAUGCAGCUCUGAUAAGCUGCGGGUGCGUAAGGCUGGGGUGGGAACAUACAGUACCAGUCUAGAGUUUCGACACAUUUGAUUGAAUGUUGAGCAGCACCAACGAAAUGGCAGGAAAAUGUAACAAAAAUACAAUCUGGUGCUUUAUCAUGUUUUCGCUUGAAAGUUUAUAAGCAUAACCAUUUAACCAGCUUAACUCUGAAAAAUGCAUUCGGAUUGUGUUAAACACAAAAAAAUCAUAUCAUAUGUUUGUUAGCUAACUUGCUAAUAAUGCUAACUUAACUUUUGUUCAUCUAGUUAAAGAGAAUCACUAGAUGGCUAGCAUAGCUACCUACCCAGCUUGCUAGCAAGCUCUUGGUAACUUAACAUUCGUGCUGCUCUAGCUUAGGCUAGGCUAGUGCUAGCUUAGCUUAGGGCUGUUCAGAAACAAAAUGAAUGGUUGAUUAUUAGUGCUAAUCACACUUAGUUUAGGCUACUACUAGCCUAGCUUCUAGUUGUUUGGGCAGACUUAUUGUCACUGUGGUUGAUCAUUAGUGCUAGUUAAGCUAAUGCUAUGCUAGCUAGCUAAGCUUAAAGUAAUUUGAACAGAAUCUUUCCAUGGUUGAUCAUUGGUUAACCUUAUGCAAGCCUAGCUUACAGUUGUACAGGCCAACUCUUUCUUCAAGGGUUUUUUAGUAAAGGGAAUGGUUACAUUUAGAACCAUGAGUUCUAUUUAGAACUAUUUCAUGCUUUGUUAUGAUGUCAA